GCCGCGCGUCGCCCGCUGCCCAGCCGGCCCUGCAAACCAGAGGUCCGCGUGUCCCUCCGGUAUGUCGUCCUGCAGCCGCGUGGCCCUGGUGACCGGGGCUAACAAGGGCAUCGGCUUCGCCAUCACGCGGGACCUGUGUCGGAAGUUCUCGGGGGACGUGGUGCUCACCGCGCGCGACGAGGCGCGGGGCAAGGCGGCGCUGCAGCAGCUGCAGGCGGAGGGCCUGAGUGCCCGCUUCCACCAGCUGGACAUCGACGACCGGCACAGCAUCCGCGCCCUGCGCGACUUUCUGCUCAAGGACUACGGGGGACUUAACGUGCUGGUCAACAACGCGGGCAUCGCCUUUAGAAUGGAUGAUCCAACACCCUUCGACAUUCAAGCAGAGAUGACACUGAAGACUAACUUUUUUGCCACUAGAAAUGUCUGCGCUGAGUUACUACCCAUAAUGAAACCACAUGGGAGAGUGGUGAAUGUCAGCAGUAUGCAGGGGUCAAAGGCUCUUGAAAACUGCAGUGAAGAUCUUCAGGAAAGGUUCCGAUGUGACACACUUACAGAGGCGGACCUGGUCGACCUCAUGAAAAAGUUUGUGGAGGACACCAAAAAUGAAGUCCACGAGAGGGAAGGCUGGCCAGACUCGGCUUACGGGGUGUCCAAACUGGGGGUGACAGUCCUUUCCAGAAUCCUGGCCCGGCAGCUGGAUGAAAAGCGAAAAGCAGACAGGAUUCUGCUCAAUGCCUGCUGCCCGGGAUGGGUGAAGACGGACAUGUCCAGGGGCCAGGGCUCCAGGACUACAGAGGAGGGGGCUGAAACCCCUGUUUACUUGGCCCUUCUGCCUCCAGAUGCCACUGAGCCUCAGGGCCAGCUGGUCUGUGACAAAGUCGUGCAAACAUGGUGAGCAUCUGCUCUGGGACUUAACGGGUUAAUAAAUGUUGGCGGGAGAUG